GCAUCUGGUGAUUCCACGUUUCGAACUCAGUUUUCCUCAAAAAUGUGUAAAUUUAGUGACACUUGCGCUAUACACAGUGUUAUUCUUUAGAUUAUAGAAUUGUGUUUUUACGGACCUCAAUUUCCAUUACAAUGAAGAUGAUGGGUCGACAACGUGCCACUUUGAAUUUUGUUCAGCUUGAAGAUCACUCAAAUCUACGCUUUUAACUUCAGAUUUUCCACGUAAUCCUCUGCCACUCGCGAUGGGUAAGAAGAAAGGAAAGGACAGAAGUUCCAAAGAGGAGAACUGCAUCGAGUUGACAGGCCCUACCUGUUCCCACAUUCGCAAGGGAAUAGACCAUAUCUUGUUUAAGAAGACUGCUCCAGAUGUCGAUUGGAGCUUGUGUCAGGACUGUCAGGAGGGACCGAACACCAACUCUGAGGAUGAAAUGAAUCAAGAGCCACAGGUUAUAUGGAUGUGCCUGAAAUGUGGACACAGGGGCUGUGGGAGAUACUCAGAAGACCAGCAUGCUGUGAAGCACUACGAGACGCCACGUUCAGAUCCUCAUUGUCUGGUACUGAAUCUGGACAACUGGACUGUAUGGUGUUACAUCUGUGAUGAUGAUGUCCAGUACUCAAGCACAGGACAGCUGGCUCAACUGGUGACCAAUAUAAAAAAGCUUGCACUAUCAGACGAUGCCAGACAAAAGCCAAAAACAAAAGAGCCCACUCAGCCCAGCAUCAGCCAUAAUGACUUGCAGGAAGAGGAAAGCAACCAUUUGAAGGAAGAGAAGAAGGAGGAGGAGGAGGAGGAGGAGAAAGAGAACAAAGGCAGACAAAAGAAGAACAUGAAGAAAGACACCAGCCCAAAGGGAAAAAAGACUGAGCCAGUGGGAAACAGUGGUGCACUUUCAGUCAGGGGGCUAAGCAAUCUUGGGAACACCUGUUUCUUCAAUGCUGUUGUACAGAACCUGUCCCAGACCCAGUUUUUGAGGCAGGUCCUCAGUGAUGUUACUCAUGAGAAGAUCACCGUCACUUUGACACCUAGCGUCUCUUCAGAACUGGAGCCCAUUAAGGUGCAGCUAGAUCAGCCUGGAUCCCUUACCCUCACCAUGUGGCAGCUGCUUAACGAGAUCCAGGAAAACAAGAAAGGUGUUGUCACUCCCAGGGAGCUGUUCACUCAAGUGUGUAAAAAGGCUGCCAGGUUCAAAGGAUUCCAGCAGCAAGACAGCCAGGAGCUCCUGCGCUAUUUGCUGGACGGUAUGAGGGCUGAGGAAAUUAAAAGAUUUAAAGCUGGAAUAUCGGAGGCUCUGAAAAGCUCAGGAAAGAAUGCAGAUUCAGAAGAGUCCAAGACAUUGAUGAAAAAUUAUGAGAAAAAUGGCGCACUCAAAAACUUUGUUGAUCAGGUCUUCGGGGGAGAGAUGACCAGCACGGUGAUGUGCAAAGAAUGCAAGACGGUGUCUGUCGUGACAGAAAUGUUCCUUGACUUGUCACUUCCUGUUUCAGAUGAGGCAUACAGGAAAAAGAAUCAAAAGAAAGUCGUGCAGAGGAGCAGCGUGAGUGAUGAUGGAUGGGACAGUCCUACUCCGUUGACCAAUGGGAAAGAAGACAUGCCAACGGGGGUGGGCAGUAAGUACCAGCAGAAGAAGGCAAAGAAGCAGGCCAAGAAACAAAAUAAGAACCAGAGGCGGCAGCAAAAACAGGAAGUGAAAGUCUCACUGGACACAUUGGAGAACCAGGAUGAGAUGGCCGGCGGUGACGCUGAGGCGGCCUCGCCGAGCACGGCCACCGAGCCCGAGGUGGGCGGCGAGACUGACGAGAACACCCAGAUGGACUCGGAGCAGCCGUCAGAGGUAGAUCACUCCGAGCAGGGACAGGGGAAGAUGGAUGAGUCUCCCAAGGGUAAUGAAGGUCAGCAGCAGCAGCAGCGGCAGGAUGGAGAGGAGGAUGAGGAGGAGGCAGAGGAGGAGGAGGAGGAGGAGGAGGAGGCCGCAGACGAGUCCGCAGUCAGCAAUCGAUUCAUGGCGCUGGCAGAGGACCAGAGUUCCAACUCGCAGACUGAUGAUGGCAGGCCCAAGGAGAAAGACGAGGAAGUGGUGAAGGACGCCACACAGGAGCCUUCCGCUGAAGACAACGAGGAGGAGGAGGAGCAGGAGGAAGAAGAGAAUUUGGAGGAAGAGAAUUUGGCUGAAGAGCUGAACCACUUGUCCCUAAAUGGGACUUCAGAGCCGGGCGAGGCCGUCACUGAGAAUGGGCACGUGUCUGACGAGAGCCCAGAGUACACCGUGGUCAACCAGGACCCCGAAAAGGCCUUCCACACCUUAGCCACCAGGGCGGCGCCAGACAAGCAGGAGUGCUCCGUGGACUCCAGCCUCUUCCAGUUCACCGAAGUGGAGCACCUCACCCAGAGUAACAGCUUGCUGUGUCUCACCUGCACAAAACGCCAAUCUGGGUCAGAAGGCUCCAAGAAGAGUGUGUACAGAGAUGCACUGAAGCAGAUGCUCAUCUCGUCUCCGCCGCCUGUGCUGACUCUUCACCUGAAGAGAUUUCAACAGGUUGGUUACAGUGUGUGUAAGGUGAAUCGUCAUGUCCAGUUCCCUCAGCUUCUAGACUUGGCACCAUAUUGCUCGGUCAACUGUAAGAACGUGCCAGAAGGAAUGACCCAGGUGCUGUACAGCCUCUAUGGGAUUGUUGAACACAGUGGGACAAUGAGAUCAGGACACUACACGGCCUACGUGAAAGCUCGGCCUCACUGUCAAAACAUGGCACCCAAUGGAUUAGCCACGCAAGGUAAUGGUGAGCCGCCGAAGGGAUCGUGGUUUUACAUCAGUGACUCAAGUGUUCAGCCUGUCACGGAAGCCAAAGCGCAGAGUUCCCAAGCCUACCUCUUGUUCUACGAGAGGAUCUCCUAAACAUCUUCUGCCCCAUACAAGAACCACUGCUGCUGCUUGAACUACCACACACACAGAGACAGAGACACACACACAGACAAAUAAAUGACUGUGAGAUGAACUGGAAGAUAAGCACCAGUGCACAUUUUUUUUUUCAUCCACCAAGAUGGAUGUCCGCUCAGCUGUGUGGUGUUAUGAUGAACGGGUGAGUCAGUUGUUGAGUUAGAGUGAUUUGUUUUAGAUAACAACAAAAUGAAACUUGAUUACUUGGCCUGUAAUCAAAAGGGGAAAUGGAGUUCUGGUAAAGGUGCGGUCCGCGGUUCAAAUCCGAUACACAAUUUGUCAAAUUCAGAAAAUUGCUGGUCCUUUAGUUGUCCAUUCUGUAAGUGUGCUUAAAAAAACCUGAUGUUCCUACACAGUCAUGGGUCUGUACAUGGGAAGUAGAGAGGCUGAACCAAUCAGGCUGUAAACCACACAUGCGUGUCAGUACAGGAUCACAAGCAUGGGAUGGUGUAUGGUGUAAUUUAAUUGGCUGAUUGACAGAAUCGCAGACUCUGUCUUAAGUAUAUGAUUAGCACAUAUGCUUACAGAAGAUUUCUUUGACUUUGGGGCAACUAAUCACCACGGUCUUAAAGAAGACACAGAAUGGAUGACUAGAGUAUUUUACCUUGUUCUCUGAUGUUAACAUAGAAGGUAUGCAAUUUUUGUCUGUCGAAACCAUGCUCAGAUGCAAUAUUCAUGCCCAUUUACAACCCUAUAAUUAGGCUGGGGAAUAAAAAGGCCCAUUUUAGCAGAUAUCCAGCAUCCCCCUCAUAGUUAUCUGGCACCCACAUGAAUAAUUAAGUGAAGUAAUUUACGCUAAUUGGCUUCCUUGCAACGAUGGCUCACAACAGGCAACUUCUACCUGAAUCUCCAACUUGAAGUAGUAACUUAACGGGAUCACAGUGAUGGUCUGCGCCACAGUCUGUUCAGAUUCACUAGUUUUAUAAAGGUCAUUUCAAAGUCAUUGAAAGCGGAAACAACCUUCUGGUUCACAGUAGCUCUAUGGCCAUGCACCAAACUGUCCCUCGUGCUACAAUCAGACUUGGCUUCUUUUUUUGAAGCUGUUAGCGUCAGUUUUACAUUAGAAUCCUAUGGAGUACACCUUGCAUUUCCCCUUGGGGAUCAAUAAAGUAUCUAUCUAUCCAAGUUUUCAAAAAAGUCUCCUUGGUCCUCGGCUGCUUUUAAAACGCAAUGGCAGGCGUCUUUUUCUGCAACUCAGAGCUGUUUUUAAAGUUGAGAAAUGUUCAACUUCUCGUCAGAAAAAGAAGCCAAGUCUUAACAUACCUUUAUUCAACAAAGCCAAGGUAAAAACAGUUUUCCAUUCUGUGUCUUUUCUAAAGUGGGUAUCCAUUCAGUGCUAAGGGGGUACCCAAUUUAUCCAAAACUGACAAAAAAAAGGGUCAUGCUCCCUCCCACGACAACAUUAUCUGUUAGGUGGCCAAACUCUCAAUUGCUUUUUCAGGUAUUUCUCAUUUGUGGGGAUCUUUAGAAUACAAAUGAGCCAUUGUAGCCUGGUAUAACUAGGUAUGCAGUCACUUUGUGAGAGUAUAAUCCCAACGAAAACUGGCCUGGGGACAAAAGAACAACAGUCAGGCUACACCAGUGGUCUUUUUUUCGAGCAGAGGUUCUGUUCUAUAGGUAAAAAUACCAGAUUGUUCUGUUUAGCCUUUACUUCGCAAGGGAGUUUCCUGCUGCCACGUUGGGUAUUAUCAAUUCAAACCUUUAAUUUGUUUUCACAGAACAGUAGAUUCAGCAAGCACCUCUGCCACCAAGUGAGCACUUGUGUAGAGUACCUAUGAGGAGUGAGGCAGGCAGGUGGGGUGUUGUGUCCUUAAUGGCCUUAAAUAUCCCUGGAAUCUGCGCACAGACUACAUCGCUUUAUCAAGAAAUGACAAUAACCACCAGUGCUAAUUUAGUUGCAGGCCUUGGUCCUUUUUUCUUGGAAAUACAAUAAAAGCCAUAAGGCAUUGUGUGUUUGCCACAUCUGCUCUUGAAAGAUGUUGCCCAGAAUGCUUUCCAACUCUCUACAGCCUGUCCUCAGAAACAUUACUGUGGUUGUGAAGAGUACAACUAAAGCCUCAUUUGGAACAACAAGAUAGAUCUAUGAGAGCGUAUACAUUUGUAUGGAAUAUUUAUAUGUAAGUUGUAUUUUAUAUGGUUCUUUUGGCAGAAUGCAAGUCUAAUAAAACAGUUAUUAAUCAUAA